AUUGUGAAAAUCCAAGUUUGUGCAGUUUGAACGUUCGAAUUUACUAUCAGACUCAAAAUCAAAUGGUAUUAUUCAAGAAAAAAAAACCGUAAAUGUUGCUCUUGGAGGGAAUUUCUAAUAUAUACAAAAUCAAAAUAUUGGUGGAAAAUUGUAUGAGCUCCUUAGAAAAAUGGCAAAUUGACAAUGACAAAAAUGGUUGGCAAUCUCCAAUCGCCUUUUCGAACGACAAUGUAGUACGCAAGAAAUUACCACCUUUACAAUUCGGAAAUUAUGAACGAAAAUUCAAUGUUUCACUGAGGAAUACUGGCCAUACAGUUCAACUGGAUUUGGAUACCACCGAUAUAGAUUGUGAUGACUUACCAGUAGUAUCAGGUGGUCCCCUUGAAUUUGAUUACACCUUGGACCAUAUUCAUUUUCAUUGGGAUGUGGAACAUACCAUAGAUGGACACAAGUAUCCUCUAGAAGCACACCUGGUACAUUAUAAAACGUCCACAGGUAGUUUCAGGAAUGCCUUGAAAUUCAAUGAUGGUUUAGCUAUUCUCGCUGUAUUUUAUGAUUAUGGGAACUGUAAAGAAAAUAUUUUCAAAGAAUUCGUUCAGGGAAUUGAAGAUGUGUCUCGAAACGUGAGCUGUGGAGUUCCUGUGGAUGGCAUUUGUUUUUGUGGUUUUCUGCCAAAUUAUGUGAAGAGCUAUUACACCUAUCAGGGCACUUUCAACGCUCCCGGUAUACACGAAGUGGCGACCUGGGUGGUGUUUUCUGAACCAGCUACAAUCGAGAAAAGUCAGUUGGAAGCUUUGAGUAACAUUGAUACAGAAGAGAACGACCAUCCUCCUCAAAAAUCCAGCCCUGUACAAGAAAUGAACGAUCCCAGCAUCAUUUACAAUGGAAAUUUCUAUGCAGCAGUCAGAAAAUUCAUUCGAGAUACACGAAGAUAUAUCUGGGAAGCAAAAGGAGAUAAUUGAUCAUCUGAAUUCAUCAUUCGUGAAAUUGUCUGAAUUAAAUUCCAAGUUUCAUUGUAUCCUUUCUGAAGAACCAGUAUUCGAAAUAGUCAAGAUAUAAGAAUGUACAUACUUGUUCUUCAAACAUAGUUGCCAAUUCUCCUAUUAUACGCGUCUAAUAAAUUUGUAGAGUUCAUU